CGCUGCAGUUAGAGGGCGGAGCCUAUUGAUUUGGCUGUGGUUUGUUUACUUCCUGGAUCUUGCAAGUGUUUUGGGAGUGUUGUGAUGACACUAGUGUUAGGAAACUGGGCAGGAUCGGUGCAUAUCGCUCUGACACUUGUGACAUUACCGUUUACCGUUCGUGCGAGUGGAUUGUGUGAAUCCUUCAGCACCAGAGCAUCAAGUGUCUGUACGUUAAGUUCUGUCUCCAUGUCGUCUGCAACACACAUCAAGGCUCGUUGUGCAGUGUACCCAGGCUCAGACAAACAGCGCUUCCCUGUUUCAGAUAGUAACGUGAGCUGGAUGAGACUUUGGGCUGAGUACAAUCCUGUGAACUACACUGCGCCGUCUGUGCUGAAGACACCUGCCUGGGCUGAUCCAGACAUCGGUUCUUUUUCUCCAAGGUUUAAUGCACUUGAUGGGUCUGUGGAUAGGCGGAGCCAUAACGGAGAUUACAGUAUACAGGAUGGUCGUCCUCUUAACCCUAGAGGAAGGACUGGCCUGAGUGGACGGGGCCUUCUUGGCCGGUGGGGCCCUAACCAUGCUGCUGAUCCCAUAAUUACCAGAUGGAAGCGGGACUCUGCAGGCAAGCCUGUUUCUCACGCUGUCUCUAAACGUCCUGUGCUGCAGUUUGUGUCCAUUAAAAGGAAAGACUGUGGAGAAUGGGCCAUCCCAGGGGGAAUGGUCGACCCAGGAGAGUUGGUGUCUCAGACUCUGCAGCGUGAAUUCGCAGAGGAAGCUUUGAACUUUCUCCAGGCUUCUCCAGAAGAGCGCAAACAGAUCCAUGAGCGGAUCUCAAAGCUGUUCAGGUCACCUAGUUUUGAGGUGUAUAAAGGUUACGUAGAUGACCCAAGAAACACAGACAAUUCCUGGAUGGAAACUGUUGCUGUUAACUUUCAUGAUGAAACCGAUGACAGUGUAGGCGAGCUGUGUCUGAAAGCAGGUGACGAUGCAGGCCAGGUGAGCUGGUGCGACGUUGAUUCUUCUCAACAGCUGUACGCCAGUCAUUCAGAUUUCCUCCAGACGGUUGCGGAGGCAAGACAUGCACACUGGUAACUGAAGGGAAGUGACGAGUGCCUUCGGAUAUCCAAUCAAGGCUAUAUCGUCUACUGUUCAUUAUAUAUUGUAUAUGUGUGACUUAAAUAAAUGAAGGUCAAGUCUUUAAGACGUACAAGAUGAAAUAUAAAGCUCUUUUUCCUUAACUACAAAUAAUCUCAGCACUGAACAUUGUCGCUGAUAUCUAUAUUAAAUGCAUCUUGAAGUCUCAUUA